UAAACCAAAAACUGCUCGAUCUGCUCGAGCGUUAAAGAAAAGAGAGCCAAAGGUGCAAGAGAACACCAAAACAGCAAUAUUCAUUCGGGGAAGUCAGACAAGCCAAAUAGUGAAUGCUGCUCUAGCUGACCUUUGCUCAUUAAAGAAGCCAAAUGCAGUAAUGUUUAGUAAGAAGAACGAUAUACAUCCAUUUGAUGACGAAACGCCGCUACAGUUCUUUUGCCAGAAGAAUGACGCUUCAUUAUUUGUUGUUGGAAUGCAUUCGAAGAAGAGACCACAUAAUCUUGUAUUUGUUAGAAUGUUUGAUGGACAAGUACUGGAUAUGAUUGAAAUUGGAAUCGAGAAGUCUGUGUCGUUGAAAGAUAUCAAAACAUCAAAAUGCCAAGUUGGAAUGAGACCGUUAUUUCUCUUUAAUGGAGAGAUCUUUGAUAAGUCCACAAACCACAAAAUGUUUAAGAACAUGCUUCUCGAUUUCUUCCGUGGCCAGUCAACCGAUUCUAUAAGUCCCACUGGACUCGAACAUGUCAUAUCGGUCAGCGCUGAUUCAAAUGGAAAGAUAUAUUUUAGAGUUUAUAUUGUAAAGUUGAACAAGUCGGGACAGCGGACGCCACGUGUGGAAUUAGAAGAAAUGGGCCCGUCGUUUGACUUUGUCAUCAGAAGGACAAAGUUUGCUAAAGAAGAGGUGUACAAAAAGGCGACUCGAAUACCAAAACAGUUAAAACCCAAGAAAGUUAAGAACGUUGAUGUCAAUGAGAUGGGUGAUAAAAUAGCAAAGAUUCAUCUUGGAAAGCAAGAUUUCGACAAAAUCCAAACCCGAAAGGUAAAAGCAUUGAAAAAGAGAGACAUCGACACGGCGACAGAGGGAGAACCGAAAGACGAAAAAGAAAAGGUGCAUAAAAAAGUAAGAAUAGUCGGAUAA